UUGAGUAUUAGACUCCGGGAAAAUCUUGUUUUCCGCCAGUAUUCCAUGAAGUAUUUCACUAAUAAAAUUUCUACAAAAAAAAACCUCAGCUACAAUAGUCCAUGCUUUUUCUUAACGAAAAAAAGUUGAAAAAAAAAAAGAAAAAAACAAUUUUUAGAGAGAUAAAACGGCGUCGUUUGUAACAUAAACUACAAAGACUGAUUUGUUUUCUCUCUCACUUCAAACGACGCCGUAACUAAUCAGAGUAAAACCGGCAACUAUCAAACCGGUGAUACACGGCGGAGAUGGAGGUACUCGCGGCGGAGGAUAUCGACAUCGGUACAGAUAUAAUCCCACCACUCUCUCCUCUCGCUUCCUCUCUCUACGACUCCUUCCUCUCCACUCACUGCUCUUCCUGUUUCUCCCUUCUCCCCCAAUCUCCGCCGCACCCUCUCUACUGCUCCGCCGCAUGCUCACUCACCAAUUCUCUCAUCGAUCUCCCACAAUUCCCGCCGGAGAUAUCCCCAAUUCUCCCCUCCGACAUCCGUACAGCUCUCCGUCUCCUCAAUUCCACCACCGUCGUCACUUCCUCGUCACCGCACCGUAUUAAUGGCUUACUCACAAAUCACCACCGUAUCAUGGCUGAUUCUUCCCUCUCCGUCGCUAUACAAACCGCCGCUAGUUUCAUAUCCACCGUUCUUAGGUCUAACCGAGAAAACACAGAGUUGGAAGAAGCAGUGAUAUGCUCUGUGCUAACAAACGCCGUUGAGGUGCAAGAUAGCGCCGGACUUGCUCUUGGAAUUGCUCUUUAUGAUUCAAGAUUCUCUUGGAUUAACCAUAGCUGCUCUCCAAACUCUUGUUACCGUUUCGUCACCAAGACGACGUCGUUUCAUGAUGAUCUUGCUUUAGCUAAAACCAUUCCUCAUAUCAUCAUCACCAACACUGAAACAUCAUCCAACUUAGAAUCCAAGGCUUUGAGCUCAUUACAAGAACAAUUUUUGCAGGGAAGAAGAGUUGGAUAUGGACCUAAGGUGAUUGUUAGGAGUAUUAAGAGGAUUAAGAGUGGUGAAGAGAUCACUGUAUCGUAUAUGAACUUACUUCAACCCACGGGAUUGAGGCAGUCGGAUUUGUGGUCGAAAUAUCGGUUUAUGUGUAACUGUGGACGAUGUGUGGCAUCACCUCCGGCUUAUGUGGACUCUAUUCUAGAGGGGGUACUUGCGUUGGAGCCUGAGAAAACAACUGUUAGACUCUUUCAUGGAACCACCAACAAAGAUGAAGCAGUGGGAAAGAUGUCUGAUCAUAUUCAAGGAGCCAUUGAUGAUUUUCUAUCAGACAACAUUAAUCGCAAAACAUGUUGUGAAAGGAUUGAAACUGUGCUGCAUCACGGCAUCCAAAUCACAGCAGAUUCACAGCCUCGUCAUCUGUGGUUACAUCCGUGUCACCAUGUUGCUCUGGAUGCUUACAUUACUCUGGCUACUGCCUACAAAAUCCGUACCAUUGAUUCUGAAACUGACAUGGGGAAGGCUUUUGACAUGAGGAGGAUAAGUGCAGCCUACUCUUUCUUCCUUGCUUGUGCUUCUCACCAUCUCUUCUCAACAGAACCUUCUUUCGCUAUGUCUGCCGCAAGUUUCUGGAAAAAUGCUGGAGAAUCGUUGUUAGAUCUGGCCAUGAAGUUUUCGACAGACUCAUCCGUAGAAACUCCAUACAAAUGCACCAAAUGUCUUAUGCUUGAAACCCCUGAUUCAUACAGAAAAAUCGAAGAAAAGUCGAAGCAGAUUCUGAGUUGUGUCACAGAAAUCUCACAAGUCGUAUGGAGUUUCCUCACUCGCGGUUGCCCUUACCUGGAAAAGUUUAGUAGUCCACUUGAUUUCAGCUUUACAACGACCCCUCGCAACGAGAGAGAAGAAUCGAAUAAGGAUCAGAUGGUAAGUGUUAUCUUACUACUCUCUUUUCACUGCUUACUAUACGCAGACCUUCUGACUGAUUUAUGUUAUGGUCAGAAGUCACAUUUGGUGUCUCGUUAUCGAAUGUGACAAACCGUUUGCUUGAGUUGAGGAAUUGGUAUUUUUAUGUUAUAUGUUAGUUUGGUCCAAGGAAACAUGUACUCACAGCAAAACUAGCCAUAGAUAAAUGUAAAUUGGUUAAAUUUACGAAAUGGGUUGUGGCUAUGGUCUAAAAGUAUUUGACUUGGCUGUUGUUUGUUCCAAACAUUAUUGAUCUCGAAGUUUGCUACUCAAAAUGACUCAUGCAAUAAACACAUUAAGCAAGUCUCAGAAAUUACAAUGUCA